CUCGUAUAUAAGGCAGUGAUUGCUUUACGGACAUUAGCAUUUAAGAAACUUUGCAAUUUCAUCGCAAAAAAACCCUUGGACAUACAAGAAAAGCAAACAUGUCGACACUAACUGCAAUUUCGUGUGUCUUAUUUAUUUCAACACAAGUUCUCGGGGCCGCCAUAGACCGGUCAGUGUCAUUUUCGGCCGGUUUGACGAGCACACAAUACAUGAUGGAUGGCGAUACAGUUGUGUAUGACCAGGUCUUUAUCAACGACUACAAUGGAUACAAUCCCAAUACUGGCAUCUUCACAUGUCCUAUCGCAGGUGUGUACAUCUUCCACUUCCACGGCUACUCCCAAAACAAAGACACCGUUAUGUGGCUGGACCUCAAGCACAAUGACCAAAAAGUGGUCGGUGUCAGCGGAUACAAUUCCCACACUGUCGGGAGCAAUACUGUCAUGCUCAAACUUCGCAAGCAGGAUAUAAUCCAGGUCACAUCCAGGGACAAAAUCCAGUUUGCUCUAUUUGGCCUGCCAACCCAAGUGUACUCGACAUUCACGGGCUAUCUUGUGCACGAGGACCCGAACAGCCAUUAAAUGGACAGCGGGUCUUUUUGGCUACUUUUCGGUUAAAUGACCGGACACUAGUCUUAUGUUGUAAAAGGGACAUUUGUGUUGCUUCCAGUCAUUGUUUUUAUAAUCAAUUAACUUAUGAUUAAAUUUGUUGACGAUUCAGACGUCAUAUAUUCUGUAAUUCCACUUAUAUUACUUCUUGGAUUAUAUUUAGUCUUCCAACAAUUGAUAGAUCGUUCAAAAUAUAGCUCCUGUAAUUAAAAAUACUUUAUUCAAAUUAUUUCCUUCAACAUAACGAACGGAUACAUGCAUUUUUACAGCAAAGUUCUUGAUAACCAAACUCGUGUGCAUUGACCAUAACGAUUAUAUUUCAAAUACCUUCAGUUUCUGUUUGAGAGUAGGAUAGCAAUUGUGGUUUUUAAAUACAUGUAAACAAAACACCUGUUUAGAACCAUUUCUUUCGUUUCAUGGUGGCAAUACAUAUUUAAUUAAUAUAUGAUUAAUAUCAUAUAGAUAUACUCUUCAAUUUCAAAGGGUUAUAAUAUUAAAAGAGGUUAUUAUUAA